CGUCCCACUUUACUGUUGUACCGUACAGAGGAGCUGAUUAACCUCAAAACCUACGUCUUUUGCCCUACUCCUCUUCUCACUUCACCUGGAGUCGGAGAAGCCAAAUUCGACACCAUAUUCUGUAAGAUUUUAUUCACCGGCCGUGUUCGCUCGUUCUCCACAAUCACUUUGUUCUAAGAAAUUGACAAAAAGGAUGCUUCUUUCUGGCGGUCUCAUUCAACCCCGCUACCACCAGGCCUUUAAAAACGCGCAGCUCUCAUUCCUGAAUCCUCUCAAUCAAAAGCUUGAACUCCACUCCCAGUUCGAUCAUUUUCCAGGAAAACCUUACUUCUCAGGUGGAAAAUCAAGAUUAUUUGUUAGCAAGCGUCUGUCAGAGAAUAUCUCAGAAUCAAUUAGGCCCGAGACAUUUCAUUGUAAUGCCUCUGAGUCGCCUGAGAUAUUUACGCCAAAGGGAAAUUCUUUUGUGACAGUUUUGAGGGAUGCAAAUUCCAUCCUGCCACAUGUGGUUCUUGGUAGUACAAUUUUGGCUCUUGUCUAUCCACCUUCUUUCACAUGGUUCACGAGCAGGUACUACGCCCCAGCAUUGGGGUUUUUGAUGUUUGCAGUUGGAGUGAAUUCAAAUGAGAAGGAUUUCGUAGAAGCCCUGAAUAGACCUGCAGCCAUUGUAGCAGGUUAUAUUGGUCAAUUUGUUAUGAAGCCCCUCCUGGGGUAUCUAUUUGGUACACUUGCAAUAACAGCACUUGGUCUACCAACUUCCUUAGGGGCAGGGAUAAUGUUGACUUCAUGCGUGAGUGGGGCACAACUGUCCAAUUACGCCACAUAUCUAACGGACCCAUCAAUGGCCCCCCUUAGUAUUGUGAUGACUUCAUUGUCUACGGCAUCUGCCGUCCUUGUCACACCGUUGUUAUCAUUGUUACUGAUUGGGAAAAGGCUGCCCGUUGAUGUUAGAGGAAUGAUUUCCAAUAUUACACAGAUCGUGGUUGCACCUAUUGCUGGCGGCUUGCUUCUCAAAAGAUUGUUUCCCAAGACUUGUAGUGCGAUUAGGCCGUUUUUGCCCCCACUGUCAGUUUUUGUGACUUCUCUAUGUGUUGGAGCUCCACUUGCCAUCAACAUACAGUCUGUUGUUUCCCCUUCUGGGUUAUCUGUUUUGUUGCUCGUGGUAGCCUUUCAUUUGUCAGCCUUUGUUUGCGGAUAUGCUCUUGGAGGUGCUGCAGCCUUUCCUCAUGCUCCAGAUGUUAAAGCAGCUCUGCAGAGAACACUCGCCUAUGAAACAGGAAUGCAGAGCAGCCUCUUGGCCCUUGCGCUUGCAAAUAAGUUUUUCCAAGAUCCUCUCGUUGGUGUCCCUCCCGCUAUUUCGGUUGUGAUAAUGGCACUAAUGGGGUUCUCUCUUGUCAUGAUUUGGGCUAAAAGCAAAAACACCGAUGUUUAGCAAGUGUGCCUUACGAACGCACGAUGAUAAUUGGUUUUGAGGCUUGUUAGGGCAAUUGCAUGAGAGCGAUGUUUGGUGUACACAAAUGAUGCACACAUCUAAUAGUUGUCUAUCUACUAGCUUCUGAACGAAUUAUAUGUGCAGACAAACAACUAAGGAGUCUACACCAUAUGUGUACAAAAAGUGUGUACCCAACAUCAUUUUACAUUGCCAUGAAUCCAUGAUAAGUGAGCUUAUCUGUUGUAAUGGCCACAUCCCACUAAAUUAAUUAAGGGAAAAGGUACAAAUAUACCCUUCUAGUAUGGGUGUGAGAAUAAAUAUACUCUUGUUCUAUUUUUUGGAACAAAUAUAUUCUUUAAGUUUAUGUGGAAGUGCAUAUAUACUCCGAAACUUUUAAAAGGUGC